AAAAUGGCAAAAAACUUUCAAUAUUAUGAACUUCCAGAUGAGACAGUUCAUCAUUCAGAUCUGAGAAUGAUUAAAAAUUUUUAUAUGUUUCUGCUGCACAGAGCACUGCAAAUCCUCUAGUAUUUAUAUACAUGCAAAAAGCAUACACAAAUCUUUAAGGAGCAGAGAAACAAUAUCUGAGUGCCUUGUAUAUCAUGUAAAGUAACAGGAUGUUACUCCUGCAUCUAAGAGUGAGACUUUUCCAGCUUCUCUUGGUUUUCUUAUAUUUCAGUGACACAAUGAAUCUCGGAAGCAGAGGAAGAAUUCACUUCCCCAUGAGACUCACCUGCUCUCUCCUACUCAUGGCAGUGUUCUGUGUGACACCUUUCCUCUGCCACAGUCAAAUGGAUCCACUGGCUCUUGGGCGGGCAGACCCCCAGUGCUGGGAAUCCUCCUCUGCUGUUUUACUAGAGAUGAGGAAGCCUCGCAUUUCUGACUCUGUCAGUGGCUUUUGGGACUUCAUGAUAUUUCUGAAAUCCUCAGAGAACCUGAAACAUGGAGCUUUGUUCUGGGACCUAGCACAGCUCUUCUGGGAUAUCUAUGUGGAUUGUGUGCUCUCCAGAACCCAUGGCCUGGGGAGAAGGCAGCUGGCAGAAGCUGAGCAGAAGACAGCUGCAAUACAUUCUCAGUUCACAGGGAGAAACCAAGGGACAUUUUCUCAUAUUCAGAGGUCACCAGUUCUGAAGAAGAAAGACUCAUUUGAAGAUUUAAUAAGUAUCCACAUACAUAAGAGUAGAUCUAUAUUACUUGGAAGAACCACUGGAGAGCUAGGAAAAAAGAGGAAAUGACACAUUUAGUCUAAGCUUUUGAU